AUGGUGAACCGUGAAGUGGAUCUUCCUCCCCGCCUGAAUUCCAACCUCUUUCAACCUACGUUCGACUUUACCCUACGCCGUGUCGUUCGCCGCCCGUCCCUCCAGAUCGAUCCCUUUCGCCUCAAUACAAUACAUCCGACGUCCCGACCGUCGUCGACAACCGCAACCACCUUCAAUUUAAACAGCGCCCUCUGCCUUAUUGACUUGCGAACAACUUCCGAGUCUCGUCCACUUCAUUCUUCCUUCGCAUCGACUGUUUUCUCCCAAUUCGACAGAGAAAAGAAGAGACCAAGUGGACUUCCACAUCAUUCGGAUGAGGUGUACUCCAUGAUCAACCUGCCUCUCCGCCUCUCCGGAACCGGGCUGGCCCUCACAAAACAAGGAAAGAAGAAAAAACCCCAUUAUACUCUCGGUGGCAAACCAUCUCUCAAAUCACCUAAAUCCGCGUUUGAGAAGUCUAUCAUCUUCUCCGCUCGAUUUCGACUCGAUUCAUUGUUGGGCGGUAUCGCUCUCCGUACCCAAUAUUCUCUCGCCUUCACCGAUCGUUGUUUCGAGUCUUCCCGAUACCCCACUGCGACGAGCCAUUGCCAGAGGCUGGACCUGGAUUCUCUAUCAAGAAGGCGUCAUUUGUUGCCUGUUGAGAGUAUGGCAAGAUACGGACGACCGCUAAGCUUCUCGGAGAGGAGGGGCAGCCAGCUUAGCGAGGACAUGACUUUGAAUACCGGCACCACGGGCGGAAGCAACCUUAGGGAUAAGUUGCCCCAGCUAGUUGGCCACAUCCGUGGACCCCCGACCCCCAGCAUGAGCACGCCUGCCCCCGAUUUUGACCAGCAAUUAACGGGUUCCCCUCCUCCCCCUCCCACUCCUGCGGCAUCGCCAGGGCCAUCGCAUGGGGAACUUGAUUGGAGUAAAGCUGCCGACGACGAAGACUUCUUCCUCGCCAAGGUCCGCCAACACUUUAAGAUGUGUUCCGGCCCAGAGCGCAACCGGAUCCUGGGCGAUCUCCUGAAUCUCUGCACUAGCCAGCAACUGAGCUUCGUCCACCAGUUCGUCAGCCCGUUGCUGAAGAAAGACCCGUUUACAAGCCUCCCAGAUGAAUUGUGCUUACGUGUUUUGUCCUUUAUCGAUGAUCCAAAAGUCCUAGCGCGGGCCUCGCAGGUCUCACGCCGCUGGAGGGAUCUCCUAGCCGAUGACGUGACCUGGAAGAACUUGUGCGUCAAGCACAAUUAUGGACGUGCGCUUGCGGAAUUGUCGGAUUCGCAGCAGGACCAACAUAUUCCCGAAAGUGACACCAAUCUCGAUCAUGUCUCAAGCCAUAGUGCUCACCUCGGCUACCCAUCUCGCCCAACGUCCCUUGGUUUAUCUCGGGACGAAGGGUCGGCGAUGUCUUCAUCCUCAGACACCCCAGUCAUUUUGCGCCAGAAAAUAAGAAGCUACAAAUCUCACUUCAAGAAGAGAUACCUGGUUGAAGCAGCCUGGAAACGCGGAGGUACCCACGUUACUAGGCACAUUACCCAGGAGGGCGGGGUCGUUACCAGCUUGCACUUGACCCCGAAGUAUAUCAUCGUGGCCCUCGACAACGCCAAGAUCCACGUCUUCGAUGCUCAAGGAAACCCUCUGCGCACACUGCAGGGACAUGUUAUGGGCGUCUGGGCAAUGGUCCCCUGGGAUGACAUCCUCGUCAGCGGAGGCUGUGACCGCGACGUGCGGGUUUGGGACCUGACAACUGGCGCUUGCCUACAUACGUUACGAGGCCAUACCUCUACCGUUCGCUGCCUUAAAAUGUCGGAUUCCAGGACAGCCAUUUCGGGCUCGCGAGAUACCACACUACGGAUCUGGGACAUCCGGGAAGGCGUAUGCCGGAAUGUCCUUGUCGGUCAUGGUGCGAGCGUCAGGUGUCUAGAGAUCCAUGGCGACAUUGUCGUGUCGGGCAGCUAUGACACGAUGGCCAAGGUCUGGAGCAUCUCGCAAGGACGAUGUAUCCAGACCCUCCAGGGCCAUUUCAGUCAGAUCUACGCCAUUGCCUUCGAUGGGAAGCGAGUCGUGACCGGAAGCUUGGAUACCAAUGUUCGCAUCUGGGAUCCCCGCACAGCUGAAUGCCUCGCCAUCCUUCAAGGUCAUACCUCGCUCGUUGGCCAGCUUCAAAUGCGUGGCGACAUUCUUGUCACCGGCGGCUCCGACGGGUCAGUACGGGUGUGGUCACUAGAGAAGAUGUGCCCCAUCCACCGCCUUGCCGCACAUGACAAUAGCGUGACCAGCCUACAGUUUGACGAUACUCGGGUCGUGAGUGGCGGAAGUGAUGGUCGCGUCAAGAUUUGGGACCUUAAGACGGGCUAUUUGGUGCGAGAGCUCAUUGCCCAAGGAGAAGCUGUAUGGAGAGUCUCCUUUGAGGAUGAGAAGUGCGUCGCUCUGGCCCUCCGGCAAGGUAGAACAAUAAUGGAGGUUUGGUCGUUCUCGCCGCCUCCCGAGGAAGAGUUCACAGCAUACGAUCGCCAGCUUUCUCUUCAACAACGCUCACUUCUCCCUCAUACUCCGCCCCGCCCGCUGAGCGCCAUGCAGCUUGAUUUCCGGUCAGCACAACAAGCCGUUGCUGGGUCCAGUCGACGAUCUUCCGGCGCCCAAGAUGUUGACAUGAGGGAUGCUGGCCCCUCCACGGCUCCGCUGCAGGUUCUCGUGAAGAGUGACGAGCAGGGCUACGAGGGACAUCAAGUCCGGCCGAAGUUGAGCCUUUUUCAACAUCGACCGGAGGCUCAUUCAUCAGCCACGAUGUUCUCGAGAGCACUCAGGCUUAACAGGGCGGCUGUGCCCCUGCGCGCCCGCGCCCGCGCCCCUACCCCUUUCCUUCCCAUCGCCUCCCGGUCUGUCACCACCGAUGCGGCAUCGGCGACGCUCGAGAAGGGUGUCCCCCAGUCCGAUGACGAACCCUUCUCUAUCAACCUGAGCGACGAGAGCUUCGAGACCUACCAACUCGACCCCCCGCCAUACACCCUCGAGGUGACGAAGAAGGAGCUUAGGGAUAUGUACUACGGCAUGGUUGUCAUCAGACAAAUGGAGUUGGCUUCCGACCGCCUGUACAAGGAGAAGAAGAUUCGGGGUUUCUGCCAUUUGUCCACCGGACAGGAGGCUGUCGCCGUCGGUAUCGAGCAUGCCCUGACUAAGGAGGACGACCUUAUCACCGCUUACCGAUGCCACGGUUUCGCCUACAUGCGGGGUGCGGCCCCCCGUUCCAUCAUUGGCGAGCUUCUCGGUCGCCGUGAAGGCAUCGCCUACGGCAAGGGUGGCUCCAUGCACAUGUUCGCCAAGGGCUUCUACGGCGGCAACGGCAUUGUCGGCGCCCAGGUCCCUGUCGGCGCCGGUCUUGCCUUCGCGCAUAAGUACAACGGCCACAAGAAGGCCACUGUUAUCCUGUACGGCGAUGGUGCCAGCAACCAGGGUCAGGUCUUCGAGGCUUUCAACAUGGCUAAGCUGUGGAAUCUUCCCGCUCUGUUUGGCUGCGAGAACAACAAGUACGGUAUGGGCACUGCUGCCAGCCGCUCUUCGGGCCUGACGGACUACUACAAGCGUGGGCAGUAUAUUCCCGGCCUCAAGGUUAACGGCAUGGACGUCCUGGCUGUCAAGGCGGCCGUGAAGUACGGCAAGGAGUACACCGCGGCGGAGAACGGCCCGCUCGUGCUCGAGUACGUGACGUACCGGUACGGUGGCCACAGCAUGUCUGACCCCGGCACCACGUACCGGACCCGUGAGGAGAUCCAGCGCAUGCGGUCGACCAACGACCCCAUUGCCGGGCUCAAGCAGAAGAUGCUCGACUGGGAGGUGGUUACGGAGGAUGAGCUGAAGGCGCUUGACAAGAAGGCCCGGUCCUAUGUGAACGAGGAGGCGGCUGCCGCCGAGGCCAUGCCUGUCCCCGAGGCCACUCCCAAGAUCCUCUAUGAGGAUAUCUAUGUCCGCGGCACGGAGCCUCAGUACAUCAGGGGGCGCACUCCCGAUGAGGCUUUCUACUUCAACAACUAA